ACAUUAAUAAAUGAAAUAAAAUUCGAUCCAAUAUUAAAUAAAGAUACUGCAUCUUCCGUUGAUAUUCCUAUACAAUUCUCUUUCAGUAAUAAAGAGGAUGAAUCCUAUAGUAUUAAUAUUUUAGCUUAUGAAGGAUCAAAUUCCAAUAUAGAGGAGUCCAUUACUAAUAGUUAUAAGAAACCUAAAAAACAAAAAUUAGAAAGGCGUGGUAGAUCUAAAAA